AUGUCCCCAAGCGAGACAGCAAAGCCGAUAAGCAGCCCCAACGCGAAAGCGAAGACAAAGGAGAAAGAGAAGCGAGCACGCGCCGCGAGCAAACAGCAGACGGAGCGGCUGAAGACAGUCGUCCGCCGUCUACCGCCUAACCUCCCUGAGAACAUCUUCUGGCAAAGCGUGGAGCCGUGGGUGAGGGAGGACACAGUAACAUGGAAGGCAUAUUACCUGGGGAAGUCUAAGAAGAGGUUAAACAAGGAGAACAUCUCCUCCCGCGCAUAUAUCGCCUUCAAAAACGAGGACGUACUCGCGACGUUUAGUAAGGAGUAUGAUGGUCACGUCUUUAGAGACAAAGCAGGGAAUGAGUCCAUUGCGGUGGUCGAGUUUGCGCCCUAUCAGAAGGUACCGUCCGACAAGAAGAAGGUGGAUACCCGUAUGGGAACUAUCGAGAAGGACGAGGAGUAUAUCUCAUUCUUGGAGUCUCUUAAAGAGGGCUCGAACAAGCCAGUGGAUGGAGAGAGCUUGGACAUUCUCAUAAUCCCUUCCGCAGUUGCAGCAUCCCAGCCGCCACCGCAGCCAACAACUACACCCCUCCUCGAGGCUCUCAAAGCUGAGAAGUCUGCGCAGAAGGACAAGGAAGCCAUUCUCCGCAACCACGCGCACUACAAGGACCAGGCAGCCAUAGCUGGCCCAAGCAUCGUUGUGAAGAAAGAAGACGGCAAGAAGAAGUCUGCUGCACUCGCUUCACAGAAGCCUUCAGACUCACAGCCGAGCAAGAAGGCUGCAAAGAAAGCUGCAAAGAACGCCGCGCAACAACAGACCGCACCGGCUGCUGCUCCUUCGAAACCACCACAGAGCAAACAGGCGCAAGCACAGCCUGCUCAAGCUGUGAUCCCGAAAGCACCUCGGCAGCCUCGCGAGCGCCACCCCAAACCGUCCAUUGCUCAACCUGCGCCAACCCCAUCGUCCAGCGCACCCUCAGGCGACGCGGCGCCAUCGUCCAUAUCCAUCGCUUCCGCCGCAUCGACAUCGACUCAGGAUUCUGCACAGCCGGCGCCGACACGGCGCGCACGGCCCAUGCUAGGGCCCGCAUCACGGCAGUUUGAGGCGGCUCUCAGCGGCGCUGGCGUCGAGCGCAAGGCGCGGCGGGAGCGCGACCGCCAGACCGCAACCGAUGUGGGUCCUGCAGGUGCCGUUGGUCUCGGAGACGGUGCAGGGAGAGGAGAGGAGAAGCGGGGCAGCGGAGCGUCGCGCGCUACGCCCGCAGGCCAGAAUCAGGCUACACCGACUGCUCCGAUGAUACUACAGCGUGAGGGCCAGCAGAUCAAGGUUGGUGGUGGCCCGCCCGCGGUCGCAAGCGAUGUUGACGAUGGUGCCGCUGGAGGGAGGAGCGGCGGUAAACCGCGCUCUCGAGGAAGAGGUCGUGGGGCUCAGCGAGGUGGUGCUCCGUAG